UGUGUUUUCCUGGCGCCUGGGAGACGGGUGGGGCCCCGCCUGACUCGCCCCUGGAGUUGCCGGGAUGUGUGUCCCCCCCACCUCUGUCCACAGGUGCUGCGGGCCGUAGAGCACCCACCGCGCCAUGGGCUCGGACCUCUGGGUCGGUCCCUGGCGACCGCACCGGCCCCGCGGCCCCAUCGCGGCGCAAUACCGGGGCCCGGGGCCCAAGUACAAGUUGCCCUCCAACACCGGUUACGUGCUGCACGACCCGCGGGCCCGAGCCCCCGCCUUCACCUUCGGCCUGCGCCUCCCCAGGCAGCAGAUCUCGUGCAGCCCCGGACCCGGCUACUUGGUGCCGGCGCGCAUGACGGAGCGCGGCUGGGACGGGACCCCCGCCUUCUCCAUCCACGGCCGCCAACGCCUCGCCGCGCCCAGCCUCACUCCCGGACCCGGCAGGUACUUCCCGGAGCGAGGUCCGGGCACCUACACGGUGCCCCCCGGUCCUGGGCCCCGCGAGUCAUCACGGGCCAGGAAGCCCGGGGCUGGGGUCAGUGGACAACGGGAACGGAGGCCCAGCCCAGCACCCCUCCCGCAGACCCCAGGUCCCGGCACCUACCACGUGGUGAACCCCGGCAUCUACAAGUCUCGGGCCCCCCAGUUCACGAUGCAGCCGCGGACGGCGCUUCCCCAAGACAACAGCCAGAACCCCGGGCCCGCAGCCUACAGUGUGGACCAGUACCGGAAGCCCGGCGGCUUGAGCUUCGGGAUCCGACACUCGGACUACGUGGCCCAGACCUUGGCCGAAGUGGACGACUGAUGGGCCGGCGGGCGCGGCCCCACAAACUUUGCUUAAAGCUUCGGGAACCAGCCGGGUGUCCGCCUCUCUGUGCGCCCGGCCGGGAGAGGGCGAGGGGGCGGAAGGGCGGGGAGUGGGGGGCGGCGAGUCCGGGAAGUCGAGUCCCGGGGGGCCUGUGAUUGGCCGGAACCAAAGAAACCAAAAACGAAAGCCGCGUCUCCAGGCCCCGGUAGACGAGCUGGUGCGAGCUUCCUCCCCGGAUGCCAAGCUUGCUGUUUGGACCGUAGUCAGGGCACCUACCAGUCAGCCAAUGAGUACAUCGAUAACUAAAAUAACUACUUUAUAUUUCUCUCUCUUUUCCUCUCUAAAAUCCAAUAAAAAAAAUCCUCAGGUGAGAAUUGAAAAUAAAAAAAAAAACAUGGGGGGAUGGGGGGUCAUGUGGGGAUAAGGACACGUAUGUAAUAACUUAAUCAAUAAAAAAUUUUAAAAA